CUGCCAAAUUGUAAUACUGACUUUCACAAUCAAUGAAGUGGUGUAUUUUACUUCAUUUUGUUUACUUUGCUCUCACUGACUUGCUAGCUUUGGUGGCCCCGAAGGACUGAGAUGUUGGUUACGAUAGCACUAGCUGGAGCGCCUUAUUGUUGCCACCGGGCUGCUUUAUAGUCUUAGCAACUCAGCCCUUUACAAAGAGCUCAAGACUUCAAAAGUCAGCUCACCAGAGAAAAGAAGAAGAAGAAGACAUCACUAUUCUGUUUGAAAGGUUUGAAAGUCGAAAGUUUCGGGUAUCAUUUCAUGCAAAUAGUUGAGUGAUAAACGUGGAAACCGCUUGCAAAUUAAUAGAAGAGAGAGUAAACAAAGAGAAACUGUCACUUGCUUAUACGCCCUUUUGAAAAAUUAACCGAGAAUUGUCAGGUGCUGUCUUGGGGUAAACAAACAAUAGAGCAUUUCAUAUCGAGUAAAGUCUUAAUUUUCUUUAUCGUAGUGAUGUUAUUCUGAUCGAUAAUUUGUGGGGAGGUGUGGUAAAGGGUACUGAAUAAACAGUAAAAGGAUGCUGACCACAGUUACAUGACAUUAGAAAAGUGCUGAUUCCUGCGCACAGAGCUGUUGCGUGUCUCACUUGACGGAAAAUCAAUCAAGUGCAAACGAUAAAAUUCUGGCUGUGUUUAAGCUGUAAAGCGACUUUUAUUGUUUUGUCACCAUGGAACCAAUACGAGGUGACGAAUGCGUCGAACCGGCUGAAGAUUCACCUAAUGAAAUUUCGGUUGCACGAGGAAACGAAGUGACUGCCGUGACUAAUCGACCGUGCAACAAUGUCGACGUCAACGAUUUGAGUGGAUUCAACGCUUCAGUUUUGCGAUGUCCCGACGAUGCAACUUUGAACCAAGUGCGCUUGUUUCGACCGUCAACGGGUUAUGAAUUUGUGAAGAAAACCGAACAAACUCCUGGCAUUAUCGAGGAACUCAAUUACUGCGCCCGUUUAACUUUGAAUGCGAUGGACAUAAAACUGCACAGCGAAGGCUGUCUGUUGCUGGUGAACAAUGAUCUUCUGGCAAAAGUAACUAUCCAACAACCACAGCUACUGGAUGAAACAAUUGAUUUUAAACAAGCAAAACAGGUUUUGCUGGAGCAGAUUCGAGUGAAGGAAGUUUAUUUCGAUUAUCAACGGUCGAAACGAAAUCAACUGCGAACCGAACUUAUGAACUGUCUGACCAAUGUAGGAUCGAAAUCCGCAGCCUACAGUCAGCUCGUGUUGAGCUGUUUUGAGCGUGGAACAAUCCUAGAAAAUGCUUCCUCCGACAGUGACCCGGUUGAUUGUCGUCGUGUGUGCGAAAAAAUUCUCCAAAAUCAGAAUUUUCCCACGCAGCUCUCCAGCAUUGCAACCAAACUGUAUGAAGUUGAAUGUUUUCUCGCGAGGAGAGACGAAAUUUUUCCAUUGCUCAGUACUUCGCCGGAAUUGGAUUCUUCGGAUUUGGUCGAGUAUGUAAAGCAAUUUCAAUCAACGGGAAAUGAGUUUCACAAAAAGUAUUUACUGGAGCACGCUCCGCAAUAUCUUUCGCAUCAUUUGGAGAAUGUUUCUCUAGAACGAGUCAUGCUUAUCAGUGCCAAAGAUGUGGAGUUUUUCGCAAGCUUACUUGGUGCUCUAAACAAGGAUCUAUUCCGAAAACCAUUGAACAAUUUGGCAAGUCGGUUCGUUUCUAAAGUAAAUUCGAUGCAAAAUUUCGACUGCGUUGGCGGAAAUUUGUUUACGAAUAACAAUUUUAUUCUGCUAUGCAAAAGCCUGCAAGAUUUGAUGCAUGAAAUCAGCCAGCAAACUUAUCUGAAACCAUCGGAGCUUAUUAAAUGUGAUGCCACCGGCUGGCAUCCAGUGACAGCGUGGUAUGCCGAAAGCAACUUGACAAAAUGUUUGAAACGUGAAUAUCUUUUCAUGUUUUUACUGCUAAAGCACUUUGAGCCUGGCCCGGCCAUCGCCAGUAGACGUUUCGAGUAUGCACCGAAUGUGCUAGUGAAUCCUCCGGGAAAUUCUGUUCCGCUCUGUGAUCUAGUGGUUGAUUCUCGUCAAGCCACGGAACAGUCAUACGUUUGGUACUGUCUGAUGGAUGAUGUUCUGUCAUCGAUUACAACCAGAAGCAAACUUGCCGACUAUGAGGAUGUUCUGGAGAAAUUGACUUCGCUGCUUCGUCGAGCUGACGACCAUCAUCAGUUUGAAAAUGUUGGAAAAAUGAUUCACGCUUUGUUGAAAUUUAUCUCCGGUUCCAUUAAAAUUUGCGAACAGGGUGAGAAACAAAACUCGAAAGUCGAGAAGCAAAUAUUGCAAGACCAGCUUCGUCUUCUCGUUGCCAAGGUUUCAUUCGAUGCUGUUGCUAUGAAACAGUUUUGCGGGCUGGCCGAUGUGUUCGUCGAGUUUUGGAUUAACAAAGCAAAUAUAUUGGCCAGUAUUAGUCCGAAAAUGAGUCUUUCAGACAUGAACCAAAUUGAAAAUGCGUUACUGAAUGCGGUUUCUGUAGCGUUGGGAAAGAAUGUGGAGAAUCAACAACUGCUGGAGUUCUUCAAUGUGUACAACGAUUUUCUGAAACGUCUUAACGAAGUGUCAUUCGAUUGGCACAUCCAGGCUAUUCCCGGUGUCGAUAUGAAAAAUUUGCUUUUAAUUCAACCGAGACUGUUGAAUAGGAUAGAACAUGUUGGUGCUGGUGUGCUAUUUUAUCAAAUAACGGACCCGGCGAAGUUCGUUCAAAUUCUACCAGUUUUAUAUAAAGAUGCUGAAAUUCCAAAGCAUAGAAUCUCUCUCGCUGUAAAAAAGCACUUGGACUUGAUUGUGUUUCAGUUGAAGAGAAGCCAAUGGCCUUCCGGACAGGAUAUAUCGGAUUCGGAUCAGAUUACAACCACUAUAUCGUUGAUUUCAAUGGUGGCAGAUCGGUUGCCGGACCUGAACAAGCAACUGGAUUGUGAUUCAAGUGAGGCUUCUCUUGCAUCGAAUCUUGACUAUUUGAGCACUGCCUUGAAAAACAGCAAUUCUAAAAAUGAGUUUAAAAUUCGGGUUUGGGUUAAGGAAUGGCUAGAAAAAAAUUGGUUUUAUAUAAUUAUAAUUUUUCUUCUGAGUUUUGCUUUAUUGGUAGAUGUGUGGAAUGAUCUAGCUUCCCGGAAGGAACCUGAAUCUAAUUUUUACAAAAGACAAAUGAAAAAAAUUUUACACUCGUACUACGGAAAAAACGCAGUAGUCGACUGGUUUUACGAUAGCGUGUUAUAAACAUAAUUUUAUUUUGAAAUAUUGUUGACAUUUGGACGGAUUUCCAUAUAUCGUAAACGAAUAAAAAUAAUACUGCAAUAAUAUGAA